UUAUUUUAUUUAUUGUUCAACAUGUUUAUUUCAUUCCUCUAAAAGUAUACCAGACGAGAUAGUAAAAAUCAUCCACAUAUUACUGUAAAAACCAAAGUAUUCAGUCAUUCUGACUACAAGUUAACCAAAGCAACAUGUGAUUCCUGUCACAUACUAUCGAUCACGAAGAAAUAAAGUUUCAUUCAGUCUUGCGCUUGCGUCCCUUGAAUCAUUCUUUUCAGAGUCGUUCUCAGAUACAUUAACGACUUCAGUCAGUGCUAUGCACCGCAAGCGUCAGCAUGCGAUCUACAAGUAAUGUCGACGAUCUUCCACUGAAUGAUCGUUAUGAAAGCGAUAUAUAUUAUACAUUUCAAUUCUGCUAUUGGAUUUUAAAACCAUUAGGCAUCCAUUAUUUCAUCUACAGUCAAGCGAACAAAUUCGAAAGAAUUUUGUCCGUGAUCCUAAUCCUGAUCUGUUGUUUCAUAAUACAAUUUGUCAUCGUGCCGUUCGGUUACUAUAUUCUAUUCUACGAGAAGGAUAUGAAUACGAAGAUCAAAUUUUUAGGACCGUUGACAUUUUGUCUAAGUGCACUAUUCAAGUAUGGUUAUCUUGGCAUAAAGAGUUCAGAGCUUGGUCGUUGCAUAAAACACGUGGAAAAAGAUUGGAAGAUGUUGCAAAAUGAGGAUCAUCGUAUCAUCAUGUUACGAUAUGUAAUCAUGGGCAGAAAUCUAAUCACAUUAUGCGCAGCUUUCAUGUAUACUGGUGGUCUGUUUUAUCAUACCAUUAUGCCAUUGCUUUCGAAAAGGAAAGUUGAAAAUUUUACAAUUAGGCCACUUACCUAUCCUGGUUAUGAGGCAUUUUUCAACAUUCAAAAGAGUCCCACGUAUGAAAUCAUAUAUUGUAUGCACUGUAUUUAUGUUAUCGUUGUAGGUAACAUCACGAUGGCCGCGUACAGUUUAACGGCAAUCUUCAUCACUCAUGCCUGUGGACAGAUUAAGAUACAAACGUUACGAUUGGAGAACUUAAAGAACAAGAAGAAAGUGUUAGAAACAGGUAUCGAGAGUCAUCUGGCGGUUGUUGUCAGGAAUCAUGUGGAAAUUUUAAGAUUUACGAAAAAUGUUGAAACAACAUUACGUGAAUUAUUCUUAGUAGAAGUGAUAGUGUCAACCUUAAUGUGUUUGCUUGAAUAUUACUGCAUGGUGGAAUGGGAGACUAGUGAUUCGGCUGCAAUAUUAACAUAUGUCAUUCUCUUAUUUUCUUUCACUUUCAACAUAUUAAUAUUUUGUUACGUAGGAGAACUUCUUUUUGGACAGGGUAGUGAUAUUGCAACUGCUUUGUAUGAAAUAGAAUGGUACAACUUACCUGGAAGAAAAGCUCGUGAUAUUAUUUUAUUGCUCGUUAUAUCGAAAUAUCCGCCUAAACUAACAGCUGGCAAAAUAUUUAUUCUAUCGAUGAAUACUUUUAGCAUUGUCUUAAAAUCAUCAUUAGUUUAUUUGAAUAUGUUGCGAACGAUCACUGAAUUAUAUCAUGUUGAAAGUUUCUACAUUGUCGACCAGUCGACAGUGAGCACCGGAGCCCUCACUAUGCUUGAUCGAUCUUAUAAUAACGGUCAGUUAAAAAAUAUUCAUUACGAAAACGACAUACAUUACACUUUACAAAUGUGUCAAUGGUUAUUGAAACCUAUCGGAGUGUGGCCUUUCGUUUAUGAUCGAACUAGCAGAUUUGAACAACUUAUUUCCAUCGUUCUAAUGGCUACGUGCUUUUCCAGUUUGUUAUUUAUCAUCCUACCAUCCGGCCAUCAUAUGUUUUUCGUAGAGAAAGAUGUGCACAUCAAGGUAAAACUGCUCGGUCCAGUUGGAUUCUGUUUAUCGUCUACAAUUAAAUAUUGCUAUCUUGGUGUGAAAGGUGUAUUUUUUGAACAAUGUAUCAAACAUGUUGAAAAAGAUUGGAAAAUGGUACAAGAUCCAAGUUAUCGAAUAAUCAUGUUAAAAUAUGCUACUAUUAGCAGAAAACUCAUAACUAUGUGUGCCGUUUUUUUAUAUACCGGUGGAAUGUCAUAUCAUACUAUAAUGCAAUUUUUGUCAAAAGAGAGAGUUAAUAAUAAUUACACGUUUAAACCAUUGACUUAUCUAGGCUACGAUCCAUUUUUCGAUACGCAAUCCAGUCCUACAUACGAAAUCAUAUUUUGCAUGCAUUGUUUCGCCGCCAUGAUCAUGUAUAGCGUCACAACGGUUGCAUAUAGUUUAGCGGCGAUUUUUGUCACUCAUAUCUGUGGGCAAAUUCAAAUACAAAUAGCAAGAUUACAAAAUUUAGUAGAAAAUAAGGACAAAAAGAAUGACUGCGAUCUUUUUGCUCUUAUUGUUCAUGAUCAUGUAGAAAUUUUAAGAUUUUCGAAAAAUGUAGAAGAAGCUUUACGUGAGAUAUGUUUGACAGAAAUUAUUGAAUCUACAAUAAUUAUGUGUUUGCUUGAAUAUUAUUGCAUGACGGAAUGGCAAAAUAGCGAUGCAAUUGCAAUAUUGACCUAUUUUACUUUGUUGAUUUCUUUUACAUUUAACAUAUUUAUAUUUUGCUAUAUAGGCGAAAUUCUUUCUGAACAGUGUAGCCAAAUUGGUACAAUUUCUUAUGAAAUCAAUUGGUACAAAUUGCCUGCUAAAAAAGCUCAUAACCUUAUUCUACUCAUUUCCAUGUCGCAAUAUCCCCCAAAACUUACAGCUGGAAAAAUAAUUGAUUUAUCUUUCAACACAUUUAGCUCUGUAGUAAAAACAUCGGUAAUUUAUUUGAAUUUACUUCGAACAGUUACGGAUUAAUAACAGGAUUAAAAUUAAUAUAAAUAAUAUAAAUA